AUGUCUCAACAAUCCGCUGUCAAAUCUACUAUCGUUUCUGGUGAAGAAACCGCCCGUGUCAACUCUGGUGUCAUUCCUCCUCCUUCUGCUGCUGGUUCUGCUGACCACGAUGGUGAUACCGUGAUGACUCCCUUGGGUUCUGAGGACGGUGCCUUUGAUUCUGAAGAAGGUUCUUCUGGUUCUGAUGCUGGCCGUUCUGGUUAUGUGGGUGCCAAUUCUCCUCGCAUCUAUUUGGGUAACUCUGGAGUCAGAGUUAACAACAACCUUGUGGCCACCAUGGAGAUGUUGCUGGCUUCUGCUGAGGAGGACCUCAACGCUAAGAAGGGCAACUACUACGCCGCUCUAGGCCACUACUUGGGUGUUUCCAAGAGAGAUCCCACCUCUACUGCUGCCAAGUCUGCUUCCAAGGGUGCCAAGGAAGCACAAGAACUGUUUGCUGAGGCUGAGCAAAUCCUCAAGAACCUCAAGGCUUCCACUGCUCCUGCGUCUAAGCCUCAUGACAAGAGAAGCACUCUGGUUCCCAGUAACCUACCUUUUCUCCAGCUUCGUUCUGAGGGUCCUCUGGUGAAGGCCAACCGCUAUGUGUUCGAUUCGGUGUAUGACUUCUGCCAGGAGUUUACCACAGUCCUGGAAGCACACUCUCUGUCCUUGGAUUCCUGCUGGGAACGUCUGUUGCCUACUUGUUUGAACAAGGAAGAACGUUCUUGGUUUGAGGACAAGCUCAAAGGCAAGGCCUACAACUGGAAGAAGGCCGAAAGUAUUCUUCUGAAUUACUAUGACAUGCCGUUCCAUAAGUUCCUGAACAUGGGUCGUGUCUGGUGCAUGAAACAAGGCAAAGGAGAAUCUGCUCGUUCUUUUGGUGCCAAGUUCCAAAAGUUCCGCUGCCAGACCUCGUUGGACGAUGGUGUUCAAUUGGUUCUCUGCUUCUGGUGGAAUCUGCGUCCGGAAGUCCGGGAAGCUUGUCUCAUUCCUUUGUCAGCCAACUAUGGCACCAAGAUGCCCUCAAAGAUUGAGGACAUCAUCUCGUUGUCUCCCAAGAAGUCAUGGGACUUCAAGAAGGCGAUGAAGGAUAGCAUUUGUUUCUCGUGCAAGGCUCCCUGGGUUAAGGGACACUCCUGUCCAGAACGGGAGAAGUACUUGACAAAGGUGUCAAGGAUGGCAGUCCGCUCCUCUGCUGGUAGACCAGCAAGAGCUUCCACUGUGGUUGAGGGGAGUCCCUCGUUGCCUUGGUCAGAGUACCAAAACAACACUAGUGCUCUGGCCAAGAUGGCAUUAGAUUGUAAGUACAAUCUUAAAGACAUGGUUAUUAAAAGAGAUUUUAAGAACAUGAGCGCUAAUAUUACCUUUCCUAUUUUGGCAAAUAAUUCUAUUAGAACCAUCUCCUUGUUGGACUGUGGGGCCACGUUCAGUUUGGUGGACAAGAAUUUUUGCUUGAAGAAUGGAAUAGCCAUUAGUUAUAUCAAUCACAUUAAUAAGGAUUUGUUGAACAAAAACAAUGUUCAUAAGUAUUUUAUUUAUUUGGCUGAUAGCAAUACCCAGAUUAAAAGAAUUGGUACUUGUGUGAUCAGUGUAACUUGCAAUAGUAAGACUAUUCAACGCGAGUUUGAAGUGAUGAAUUUAACUAAUAGUCAUGAGUAUGAUUUCAGUAUUGGUACUGAUUAUAUGUCUUCUCUUGGUAUUGGUAUUUAUGGUUUACCUUUAUCAUAUGAUGAUGCUGAUUCAAGUAAGGAACGUAGAGAAGCCAAUAGACGCUUCAAUAAUAAGAGUGAUCUUCUUGAAUCCAUUGAGAGAGAAAAUGAACGAAAGGAAAAUAAUCCAGCUGUAGGUCCCAAACAGUUUGAGGAUGCUAUGGAUUAUAUUCGACCAUUCAUUAAAGACAAUCAAGAUAUUCCUAAGGGUUCAUUUUGUACUAUACCUGAAAGUGUUGUAUGUUUGGACACUCCAGAAAAUGCCACGGCGUUCAGAAGCCUUUAUCCCAUUCCUUACAAGAUGCAAGGUGUAGUGGAUGAACAGGAAUACUGGCAAAGAAUUGGUGAAGCACCAGAAGGUAUCAAAGACAUCAAUAAGGCCAAUAAGAAAUUAUUAAAGGAUAUGAAAGUUGCAUAUUCCGCACCUAAAGAAAAUUCAGGUACUAAAAGAAAGAAUUAUGCAAAGACAGCUUAUUAA